UGAAUGGAGAGAGCGAGCGCCGGCCAGCUCUCCCGGCCACCCCGUGCCCUGGUCGCCUCCGUGCUCCGGAGCCCAGCCUUGAGCCGGACUUCCCGGGGCGCUGUGUUCCACGGCGCUCAGCCCAGGACCCAGACUGAGCUCGCACCUCUGCCGGCGACCCAGAGGGACCCGGGGGCGCUCGGUACCUGGGCACCCUGAGUGAUGCGCAGCGGGGCAGCGCCAGCCCCACGGAUGGAGCUGCUGCCACCGCCCGGCGCGUCCCGCUCCGCCCGCGCCCCGUGCGCCUGAACGCCGCGCCCGCCCCUCCUCCGCGCCAACUCCGCCGCCCGCCCCCCAGGCCGCCCGCGCGCCUCCUCGGGCUCCUCGUGUCCCGCCGCGCCAGGCAGCCUCCUCUGGGCGCGGGCGCUUGCACACUAUGGCCCCGGGGCGGACCUGGGCUGGCGCCGCCGUGCGCGCCCGCCUGGCGCUGGCCUUGGCACUGGUGAGCGUCCUGAGCGGACCCCCCGCUGCCGCCUGCCCCACCAAGUGUACCUGCUCCGCCGCUAGCGUGGACUGCCACGGGCUGGGCCUGCGAGCCGUUCCCCGGGGCAUCCCCCGCAACGCAGAGCGCCUUGACCUGGACAGAAAUAACAUCACCAGAAUCACCAAGAUGGACUUCGCUGGACUGAAGAAUCUCCGAGUCUUGCAUCUGGAAGACAAUCAGGUGAGCGUCAUCGAGAGAGGCGCCUUCCAGGAUCUGAAGCAGCUGGAGCGAUUACGCCUGAACAAGAACAAGCUCCAGGUCCUUCCAGAAUUGCUUUUCCAGAGCACACCGAAGCUCACCAGACUAGAUCUGAGCGAGAACCAGAUCCAGGGCAUCCCGAGGAAGGCGUUCCGCGGCAUCACAGACGUGAAGAACCUGCAACUGGACAAUAACCACAUCAGCUGCAUUGAAGAUGGAGCCUUCCGAGCGCUGCGCGAUUUGGAGAUCCUCACCCUCAACAACAACAACAUCAGCCGCAUCCUAGUCACCAGCUUCAACCACAUGCCGAAGAUCCGGACUCUGCGUCUCCAUUCCAACCAUCUGUACUGUGAUUGCCAUUUGGCCUGGCUGUCAGAUUGGCUGCGACAGCGGCGGACAGUUGGCCAGUUCACCCUCUGCAUGGCCCCUGUGCACCUGCGAGGCUUCAAUGUGGCAGAUGUGCAGAAGAAAGAGUAUGUGUGUCCAGGUCCCCACUCUGAGGCUCCGUCCUGCAAUGCCAACUCCCUGUCCUGCCCUUCCGCAUGCACAUGCAGUAAUAACAUCGUGGACUGCCGAGGGAAGGGGCUGACAGAGAUCCCUGCCAACCUGCCAGAGGGCAUCGUGGAAAUACGCUUGGAACAGAACUCCAUCAAGUCCAUUCCUGCAGGAGCCUUCACCCAGUACAAGAAACUGAAGCGGAUAGACAUCAGCAAGAAUCAGAUAUCGGACAUAGCUCCGGAUGCCUUCCAGGGCCUGAAAUCACUCACGUCGCUGGUGCUCUAUGGGAACAAGAUUACAGAGAUUCCCAAGGGACUGUUUGAUGGGCUGGUGUCCCUGCAGCUGCUCCUCCUCAACGCCAACAAGAUCAACUGUCUGCGGGUGAACACCUUCCAGGACCUGCAGAACCUCAACCUGCUCUCUCUGUAUGACAACAAGUUGCAGACGAUCAGCAAGGGGCUCUUUGCUCCUCUGCAGUCCGUCCAGACCCUCCACUUAGCUCAAAACCCAUUUGUUUGCGACUGCCACUUGAAGUGGCUGGCUGACUACCUUCAGGACAACCCCAUCGAGACGAGUGGGGCCCGCUGCAGCAGCCCACGCCGGCUGGCCAACAAGCGCAUCAGCCAGAUCAAAAGCAAGAAGUUCCGCUGCUCAGGCUCUGAGGAUUAUCGCAACAGAUUCAGCAGUGAGUGUUUCAUGGACCUCGUGUGCCCUGAGAAGUGCCGCUGCGAGGGCACCAUUGUGGACUGCUCCAACCAGAAGCUGGCCCGCAUCCCAAGCCACCUCCCCGAGUAUACCACUGACCUGCGACUGAAUGACAACGACAUCUCCGUCCUGGAGGCCACUGGGAUCUUCAAGAAGUUGCCUAACCUGCGAAAAAUAAACCUGAGCAACAACAGGAUCAAGGAGGUGCGAGAGGGUGCCUUCGAUGGAGCAGCAGGCGUGCAGGAGCUGAUGCUGACGGGGAACCAGCUGGAGACCAUGCAUGGACGCAUGUUCCGGGGCCUCAGUGGCCUCAAGACACUGAUGCUCAGGAGCAACCUGAUCAGCUGUGUGAGCAAUGACACCUUCGCCGGCCUCAGCUCGGUGAGACUUCUGUCGCUCUAUGACAAUCGGAUCACCACCAUCACCCCUGGAGCCUUCACCACACUCGUCUCCCUGUCCACCAUAAAUCUUCUGUCCAACCCUUUCAACUGCAACUGCCACCUGGCCUGGCUCGGCCGGUGGCUGAGGAAACGCCGCAUCGUUAGUGGGAACCCCAGAUGCCAGAAGCCCUUUUUCCUCAAGGAGAUUCCCAUCCAAGACGUGGCCAUCCAGGACUUCACCUGCGAAGGCAACGAGGAGAGCAGCUGCCAACUGAGCCCGCGCUGCCCCGAACAGUGUACCUGUGUGGAGACUGUGGUGCGAUGCAGCAACAGGGGGCUCCGUGCCCUCCCCAAAGGCAUGCCGAAGGACGUGACUGAACUGUACCUGGAAGGAAACCAUUUGACGGCGGUGCCCAAAGAGUUGUCCUCGCUCCGCCAGCUGACGCUUAUUGACCUGAGCAACAACAGCAUUGGCAUGCUGACCAAUUACACCUUCAGCAACAUGUCCCACCUCUCCACACUGAUCCUGAGCUACAACCGGCUGAGAUGCAUCCCCGUCCAUGCCUUCAACGGGCUGCGGUCACUCCGAGUGCUAACCCUCCAUGGCAAUGACAUUUCCAGUGUUCCUGAAGGCUCCUUCAAUGACCUGACGUCCCUCUCCCACCUGGCCCUGGGAACCAACCCUCUCCACUGUGACUGCAGUCUGCGUUGGUUGUCAGAGUGGGUGAAGGCUGGAUACAAGGAGCCUGGCAUUGCCAGAUGCAGUAGCCCCGAGUCCAUGGCGGACAGACUCCUGCUCACCACUCCCACCCACCGGUUCCAGUGCAAAGGGCCAGUGGACAUUAACAUCGUGGCCAAGUGCAACGCCUGCCUCUCCAGCCCGUGCAAGAACAACGGCACGUGCAGUCAGGAUCCUGUGGAGCAGUACCGCUGCACCUGCCCCUACAGCUACAAGGGCAAGGACUGCACUGUGCCUAUCAACACUUGCAUCCAGAACCCCUGUCAGCACGGAGGUACCUGCCACCUGAGCGAGAGCCACAAAGAUGGGUUCAGCUGCUCCUGCCCGCUGGGCUUUGAGGGACAACGGUGUGAGAUCAACCCAGAUGACUGUGAGGACAACGACUGUGAAAACAAUGCCACCUGUGUGGACGGGAUCAACAACUACGCAUGCGUGUGUCCACCUAAUUACACAGGGGAGCUGUGUGAUGAGGUGAUCGACUACUGUGUGCCUGAGCUGAACCUCUGUCAGCACGAGGCUAAGUGUAUCUCCCUGGACAAAGGAUUCAGGUGUGAAUGUGUCCCUGGUUACAGUGGGAAGCUGUGUGAGACAGACAAUGACGACUGCACAGCUCACAAGUGCCGCCACGGAGCCCAGUGUGUGGAUGCGGUCAACGGCUACUCAUGCAUCUGCCCCCAAGGCUUCAGUGGGCUCUUCUGUGAGCAUCCCCCACCCAUGGUUCUGCUCCAGACCAGUCCCUGCGACCAGUAUGAGUGUCAGAACGGGGCGCAGUGCAUCGUGGUGCAGCAGGAGCCCACUUGCCGCUGUCCACCGGGCUUCGCUGGGCCCAGGUGCGAGAAGCUCAUCACUGUGAACUUUGUAGGCAAGGACUCCUACGUGGAACUGGCCUCUGCCAAGGUCCGGCCGCAGGCCAACAUCUCCCUGCAGGUGGCCACUGACAAGGACAACGGCAUCCUCCUUUACAAGGGAGACAAUGACCCCUUGGCGCUGGAGCUGUACCAGGGCCAUGUGAGGCUGGUGUAUGACAGCCCGAGCGCCCCUCCAACCACCGUGUACAGCGUGGAGACGGUGAACGAUGGUCAGUUUCACAGUGUGGAGCUGGUGAUGCUAAACCAGACCUUGAACCUGGUGGUAGACAAAGGAGCCCCCAAGAGCCUGGGGAAGCUCCAGAAGCAGCCAGCAGUGGGCAUCAACAGCCCCCUCUAUCUUGGAGGCAUCCCCACCUCCACGGGCCUCUCAGCCUUGCGCCAGGGUGCAGACAGGCCGCUGGGCGGCUUCCACGGCUGUAUCCAUGAAGUGCGCAUCAACAACGAACUGCAGGAUUUCAAGGCCCUCCCACCUCAGUCCCUUGGGGUCUCUCCCGGCUGCAAGUCCUGCACGGUGUGUCGACAUGGCCUGUGUCGCUCUGUGGAGAAGGACAAUGUCGUGUGUGAGUGCCACCCAGGAUGGACCGGUCCGCUGUGUGAUCAGGAAGCGCGUGACCCCUGCCUUGGUCACAGCUGCAACCAUGGAAAAUGUGUGGCAACUGGCAACACAUACAUGUGCCAGUGUGCAGAGGGCUACGGGGGAGCCUUGUGUGACCACAAGAACGACUCUGCCAACGCCUGCUCAGCCUUCAAGUGCCACAAUGGGCAAUGCCACAUCUCAGAUCGAGGGGAGCCCUACUGCCUGUGCCAGCCUGGCUUCAGUGGCAACCACUGUGAGCAAGAGAAUCCAUGUUUGGGGGAGAUAGUCCGUGAAGCCAUCCGCCGUCAGAAAGAUUACGCCUCCUGUGCCACAGCCUCCAAGGUGCCCAUCAUGGAAUGCCGUGGCGGGUGCGGGAGCCAGUGCUGCCAGCCAAUCCGCAGCAAGCGGCGGAAAUACGUCUUCCAGUGCACCGACGGCUCCUCAUUCGUGGAAGAGGUGGAGAGACACUUGGAAUGUGGCUGCCGCGCGUGUUCCUGAGCCCUCUGCCACCUACCCACCCGUCACCUCUCAGACUCCAGCUCACUGGGCUGGGGACAGCCACACGGAACCUCCUUGAGAUUCGGGAUGAAGGAAAGCAAGCUGGAGAGGAAGAGGCAAAAGAGAGAAUAUUAAGUAUAUUGUAAAAUAAACAAAAAAUAGAACUUAUUUUUAUUAUGGAAAGUGAAUAUUUUCAUCUUUUAUUAUAUAAAUAUAUCACACGGUCUGAGUAUAUGUACUAUAUAGUGUGUUAUUUUUACCGAGUUUUGUGUUGUGUUGUGUAUUUGUUGUGUUUUAUAAACAGCUGUUUAAAAUUUUAAGACAAAAUAAGACUAAUAAAAAUGUUUUAAACAAAAGGAUAAGAAUAGAGAAACAGUAGCCUGUCUGAGGCAGGAAGAGGGAAUUUUAUGUGUACUUAGCUCUUUCAAGUCAGCAAAACCGAGAGCCCUUUCCUGAGCUGGUGAGGAAGGAGAAAAGGGAAAGUGGGUUUUGUUUCUCUGUUGGCUUCACUCCUUUUUCCCUCUUCCUUGCAAGUAGCAAGCUUCUCAUAGUUCUGGCUUUCUAGGCCCAAUCAAUGUGCUCCUUGUUUCCAGAUAAGCUGCUGGACCCUGAAAGUCUUACUCUGCGGUUCAGAGGAAUUCCUGCCCCUUGCCCAGCAUCUGACCCAGGCCCCCGGCUGGGUGUGAACCUGCAGGGACCCUGAGGGAGUUGACACUGACUUUGCUGAGCAAGCUGGGUCUGUUCUGCUGAAUUUGCAAAUAGCCACUUUUCCUGCCUCUCCCCAGGAAGCUUGUCCUCUGAGAUGAGGCAGGGAAGAGGGAACUAUAGAGUGGCCCCAGGCCCCAGGCCUUGGCCCUCCCUCACAAGUCUUCUUUCCAGCCAGUUUUAUUGGGGUACAAUUCCAGAGGGCAGGCACCAGGGUUGCCCAAGAACAAGCCAUGCCUUCAUGGAUGCCCAACAGGCAGACCUCUGGCAUCUGGUCCUCUAAGCCACCAUCUCAUUGCCUAGGAACAGUGCCAUCCAGCACGUGUCUGAACCCCACUUAAUCCAACCCCGACUUCUCUGGUGCAGUGAACCCCAUUUCUUAACUAACGACACCCAGGCAUCUCUCAGGCUCUGUCACUUGCCUUACACCACCAUCGGAUAGGUAGAGGAGCCUGGGCUGGAGCGUAGACUCAAACUCUAGAUUCCCUCCAGAAGGAGUGGACACAGGAGACAGGCAGCAAAAAGACCCAUCGGCGAAAGGAAAGCAGGUGCGUUUCAGCCUGCCUUUUCUCUUUGCUCUUUGUUCAGUUUUCCCUUCUGCCUCAUUCAUGUCUAGGGAAAUUCUAGAGGCAGGGCCUCAGGCAUCCAGGAAGUUCUUGUUGCUAUUAGCAAGCACAGUUGUCCAGCUUCAGACUUAGCUCCUGAAGGCCUUUCCUCUUCUCCCACAUCUUCCCCCAGCCCUCAUCACUUAGCACCUGCGGUCAGUAUUUGAGCUGCUCACACCAACCCCCCUAGGCUCUGCUCAUCUAUCCUUUCUCUAGAGCCUCCGCUGCUGGAGCCUCAGGAAGGAGAGUGUGGGACCUUUCUGCUCGGAGGGUCCCCUAAGGGGCUCAGCUACUCUGAGGACCGAUGGUGGUCCCAAAACUGAAAGAAGGGAGAGAGAAAAGAGAGGGAUGGACACAAGGCAAGUGGAAGACAGGGAAGGAGGGCGAAGGGAUGUGAUAGAGAAUUCACUUUUGGACAAGCAUAUGCAUGUGCCUUGCGUUCCAGGGUACCUUAUGAUGGGUGCGUUGAAAAUGUUCAUAGUUAGAUUAAGGUAGUGCUCAGUACAACACACUCAGAUACCACUGCAGUUGCAGCCCAUAUAUUUAUUUAUUUAUAUGCAUAUGUUCAUUUAAUUCUCAAAACAGCUCUAUGUAAAGCCAUUACUAACCUACUUUAUGGUUGAGUAAGCUGAGAUGGAGAAACUGAGGAUCUUACCUAAAGGUUGAUUACUAAUAAAUUCUAGAAGCCAAGGCUUGAGCCCAGGCUGUCAGAAUCCAGAAUUUGCUCACUUAACCACUAUAUCACACUACUUCUUGUAGGAAAGAAACACACUGUGCCUUUAAGGAUCCUACAGUCUGGGGCAAGAACGGUGGUUAAGUGGACAGUUGCUUUGUUGUGCUAUUCUGGUCUUAGCCAAAAGGUCAAAAGGCGAUAAUUGCUUGAUAUAUAUACACCUUAAUGACAGAAUAAUGAGGGCCAUUCAGAGGAGGGUAUUUCCAAUCAUGAGUAUCAGUCAGGUAAGGAGUUUGACAGCACAGGAAAUGACCCACUGAAAACCAGUAAAAAGGGAAAAGUCUGGAAUGUUUGGUGAGCAGCCAGAAGCCCGUGGUAGCAACAAUGUGGAAUCUCCCCCGUGGGGCCACAAGAAAUGGGGAUUGUGAAGACAUAGUCCUACAAAAAAAGAAAUGUCACAUGGCUAGGCCACAGGGAGCCAGAGACUUGGCGUGGGCAGGGCAGUAGCAAGAUGGUCUGUGGGAUUGAAGGGGGAGAUAGAGACAAGUCGGAAUGAGAAAGCUGGUGUGUAGGAUUUAUCAUUCAAAAUGGCCUCGGGGCUCAUAGUAGUUCACUUUGUGGCUAGCAUACACUAUUCUCAGAGUGAAUCUCAAAGUCUCCAUGAUAGCUCAGGAAUUCAGUUCUGGAAAAGGUGUCCUGGGAUGUGCCCAAUGUUCCCUCCCAACCAUCCUGUGCCCCCAGCCCAGCCAUCCCCAGCAAAUGGACAUGAUUAUUCCAUCACCAACCCCCCUCCAACUCUGGAAGGAGAUACUGGGCUGGAAGCUUUUUCUCUGCGGCCACAAGAACCCUGUCGCCUCCCUCUUCCACUCACCCUGUGUUCGUCUCUGAAUCCAGCCGCAGUCAGCCAAGGAUGGAAGGGCCAGGUUCCGCUUCCAAGCAUGACCAGACCUGACCAUACAAGAUGCCAAACACAAAGACCAUCCAUAAAAUCAUCCCAGAAUGAAGUUUCUCUAAAACUGAAAUUUAGAAACUUUAUUCUCGAGAGUAGCCAGAUUUUUUUUUUUUUUUUUUGAGUAGCCAGAUUCUAAGACCAGAACCAUUCCAUGCACAGGAAGAGGCGGGGCAGUUUGCACUGUUAGGGGUGUGGCUUAA